GCAACCAUAUACAUCUGCAGUACUUCGUACACUAAGCCGCUACAUAGUUAUGAUUUUAAAACCAUAAAUCUGAUCAAACUUUUCAAAAUACGCCCAUUUGAUGUCACUCUCUCUAUUAAUUUUUUGGCUUUUUUUUCUUUUGUAGGUGAUCAAGAUAGUGAUCAAUUGUUUAUCACUGAAGAAGAAGAAGGUAACCAAUCAAUUCAUAAGUUUAUUCAUAGAAAUUUUAUGAUUUUAUGUGUUAUUAAUUACUACAUAUUAUACUAAUUUAGAAAUUGAAAUAGAAGAACAGGAAACUAUUUAUGAGAGAGCACAGGAUAAUUCUCUUGAAACCAGGAUGAUAGAUGCAUUAUUUCCAGUUCUUGAAGACCUUAAUACAGAAGGAAUGGAUGAAGAAGAUGGUGAAAAAGAAACGAAUGACCAGAACACCGAAUUGGCAGCAAAACUUUACAUACCAACAUACGGAAAAUGUUAUGUUUGUGAAGAAAUAGGUGAAGUAUACAGCAGCAUAUACUUAUGUUACAAGUGUUACUCAAAAAUGGAAAAAUUAGUUGAAAAGGGGACAACAGUCUUCUGCCGUGUUGGAUGUCCCAAAAAUUGUUCUUCCUGUCUUCUUUCUAUUGUUUUCCAAUACUUGGACGUGGAGGAUAUUUGUACAUAUGAAAAAAUCGAGUACAAUUCGGAAUUAAUGAAAGAGUAUGUGGAUGGAGGAUCUAUAGACGAGUCUUUGGAAGAAAAAGGUGCCGAUGCUCACUUUGCCAAAUACUUGGAUCGGUGUUGGGAUCGAUAUGUUCAAUGGAUCUGGGAGCAGAAAGACAUCUUUCAACUGAACGUCGACCAAGUGAUCGUUCUUUUAAAAGCAAAUGGCAACAAAGGAAGGUAUCUAACAGCAAUAGCCGAUCAGGUAGGCAAAGGGCCAGCCUUCGAAGUGGAUGGGGGAUACAUUAAUCCAAAUGACAUAAAAUCCUACAAGCACAGAUGCUUGCUCAUUACUAUCCUGAAUACAGCCACACAGAUGUUCGAUUAAAAAUUUACAUUUUACCAUUUGUAUCU